CAAGCAAAACCGCUUGUCUAUAACUCUCAUUAUACAUACAUCAUCAACGUAGAACUGAUGCAUAAAGCUCUACUUGUCUCGGAAGUUCUCAUGGAGAUAUUCUCCCAUUUGACCCAAUCGAUGUCACUCGAUUCAUCAACCAUCAUGAUGUCCCUGGACCGGAAAUCCCUUGCAGCGCUUGCAAGGACAUCCAAAACCUUGCACGAACCCGCAAUGGAUUUGCUUUGGGCCAAGUUGUAUGGGAUAGAACCACUGCUAGGUUGUGUAACGAGGCUACAUCCAAUCGUAUAUCGUACCGAUGGUCAAAGGGUCAGUGCGGAUUCUGCCCAUUUCAUUUCAUUCAUUUGCAGGCUCACCCCCGACCAUCUAAAUGUAGUACUACCGUCGGUUUGAAUGCG